AUUUUCGCCUAGAUUGUAUUUUGUUUGAUUCUAGACCUAGCUUCGUUUAUUACUCAAUCGUUCGAUUGCUGUUUCCCAAUUAUUUUACUGCCUCUCCUGGGAUCCCGAUGACAUCUGUUUAUUUAUGAAUUUCAAUCGGAUAUCUCCGAAGAGACUUUAUUUAUGAUUUUUUUUUUAAGCAGUUCUUUCGAGCGGGACAUGUGCUUGCCUUUUAUUUGGCAAUUGGGGGGUUGGGGGGGGGAAUCAUCUUUCUACAUUAUCUGCCUUGGUUUCCCGUUGUAUUUUUAGUUCUAUAUUUUAUAAAUCAGAAGAUAUAAUACCUUUUUGCGUCAAUAUAUUGGAGUUAGCCAAUUUAUAUUACUAAUUAGAAAUGAGAUUCUAGUAUCAGAAAGAAAGAGAAUAUGAACUUGUCAUGUUCUUUAAUUGGAGACGUUUCGCUUGAGUUGGGACUUCAUAAAAAGACAAAAAAAAAAGUGAUUUUUUUUUUUGGAGAAUUUGGUAAACAUGAUGUUCAAGUAAGACUUUCAUUUAAAAGACAUAAUCAAUUAGCCAAUAAUUGAAAUAGAUAAGUGAGUUUGGUACUUGUUGAAACAUGCCACCAAGGGGAAAAUUUUUACUGUACAAUUUGGAUCUUCAGGAUAUUGUGAUGCAGAAACCAUGUUGAUGCAUACCUUAUACAGCAUUUCUUGAUUUGACGAGCAUUGCUUGACGAAUAGUUGGCCUAUGAUACACGGCAAAGACAUGAGAUUUUUGUUAAAUGCUCUGUGAAAUUUUAAAUGAUUUUUGUAAUAUAUGUUGUAUGGAUGGUAGCCUGGUUUGUUGCUGUGCAUGACUAAAUUUGUAAAUAAUCAUGGUAUGGAAGAGGAAAACAUUUGGAAAUGCAUCAUGUAACAGUUUUGGUAGUUAAUUAUAUUUAACACAGUAGUUGGUUGUGUAGAGCAAAGCAUAGCAUUAUUAGCAUAGUGGUAGUAUCGAGCUGUAUUUAGAUACAUUCUUUGCUGUUUUGAGACACAGAAUGAAUUGGACUAUACAGUAGUUUACCAUGCCGCCAUGCUAAUAAGAAACAUGCAUCAAAUGUAGUAUAGACACACUUGCCAUGGAGUGUUGACGUCUUGCUAUCGUUUUUGGAUAUAGCAUGAUUGGUAUCUUUAGUUUUAUUAGGAAUUGAAUGUGUGAAAGUUAUUGACACAUUUCUUUAGUUAUUUGUAUUUUUAGCACUGUGGCCUGGAACUUUAGCUAUCUGUUGAGGGUAAUAAUAUAAAUAUUUUGAUUCCAUCCGUUGGGGGAGGCUGAAAGAAGUCUGAUUUUUUGGUCCUUGUAAAAUCUCUGGAAAUUUAAGCAAAACUAAGAAACUUCUUGCAGGUUUUGCAACCUGCUCAGUGUUAACCAGGGACUGCAUUCAUGGGUGCACUCUGUUGCUGUCCGUGUCCAGAGGACUUUGAAGAAUAUGCCUUCUCAAGCAAUCCCAUAUAUCAGCACUGCUUAUGCAUAAGAUAUUUCUUUCAUCAGCUAUUGAAUGGGUAUGGUGAAACAUUUCAAAGGCUUGAUGGGCGUUUAUCUGCCCAAAUUCAGACAACUUCAUCAACAUCUUCGGCACCAGGAAGUGUUUCUGAUAAUUCAUUGUCAGAGACAUCUCACCUUGUUCCUAGACCACCACCUUACGAAAUAGAUCCUAGAUAUUCUCUGUCACAACGCGAGGGAUUGGUCUCGAGACGUGAGAAGUCUAUGAGCCACAUCCCUGAAGAUUUGCACACACUUAGAAGAAAUGGUAGCAGUUCUGCUGUUGAAACCUUGGGAAGUGUUAAAAAACGAAAUAUUACAGAAUCUGUUGAAGGAUGCAAGAUUACCCACAUUGAAUCGGAGAAAAAUCUGUCUACAAAAGCAUCUGGUACAGGUUUUCUUGUUAUGUCUUCUGAAGAUGAAGAUGUCUGCCCUACAUGUCUGGAAGAAUAUACUCCAGAAAAUCCCAAAAUUGUGGCAAAGUGUUCUCAUCAAUUUCAUCUCGGCUGUAUAUAUGAAUGGAUGGAAAGAAGUGACACUUGUCCAGUUUGCGGAAAGGAGAUGGAAUUCUAUGAGAGUCCACAAUGAAGACCUGCAGAGCAGUAAUAUUGGUUCAGAUUUCAGACUAAAACAAACUAGCAGUAAUCUGUGCUCUAAUAUGUUGAGAUUGUUGCUGUUUUUUUCCGAUAUGAAUGAAGUGCAAAUUCAUCAUUUAUGAUCAUCCUAUCAAGGUCAUGAAAUCUUGAACUAACACCACGCUCUACCUCUCUUCUAUUUUGGAAAAAAUACAUUUAUAAUCUUGAUCUGUACAGAGUCUGUAGCUUCUUUACAUGUUUAUUUCUUUCCAUUAUAAAAUUUGUUCGAAUAUUUCAUGUAUCAGUAACUAUAAUGCUAGUCAUUGUACAUGAUCUAACUAGGUUGCACCAAAACACUCUAGUCCAAAUAAACUCAAA